CAAAGGUAAAGAGGAAAGAUAGCACAAGAUUACCGAGGACUGUACGCAUUGCGCAUUACUCGUUUCUGAUUUCGUUUGUUUUCUUGGGGGUUAUGUUAGGUCAGGUAUACAAAAGAUAGAAGUUAGGUUAUAUAGUAACAGUGUUAUCACUAGAAAGUACUGAAUAUUUGACAUUAUCUGCCUGAGUAAAUAGUAGUUGGCUAGGUGGUUUGAAUAGAAUUGAUCAUGAUUAAACUAAUAUUCACUGGUAUUAUUAGGUUAUGGACAGUUUUAUUUUAAAUAAACCAACAAGCUCAUAAGUGAUUAAUAAUAGAAAAUCGAUCACUAAAAUUUUCAUCAUACUUUCACUUAGUUUCGAUUUGGCUAACAUUACAAUGACAGCAACUCUAAUGAAUAAAUUAAAGUGUAUGUGUUGCUUUAUUACAUCCCCACGAAUAGUAAGCAAAAGAUACAUCAAGAGAAAAUUUCCAAUAGAUCGAGAUCAUGAAUUUAAUAUGCCAGUGUUUCAGUAUCCAGUUGGAUCAAACAAGGACAGGAGAGUUUAUGUUUGGGGACUAUCAGAACAUGGCGCCCUUGGAAAUAAAUUGCAGAUAAAGAACUACAGAAAGAGACUCCCUGAAUUUCACCAUAAACCAUUAAGGUUGACAUUUGCUGAACAAUAUGAGGUGACUGAUGUUGCUUGUGGUUAUGGAUUUACGUUAUUUGCUGUCAAUUCCAAAGAAAAGUACAAGGUCUUUGGCUGUGGAAUCAACACCGAUUCACAAGUAGGUUGUCAUGAGCCAAGAAAGGGACACCUGCUGAGCCUUGUGGUGAGUCCGGCACCGAUAGAGUUGCCUCUGUUACCGAACAGCCGAGUGGUUGGAGUGGCUGCUGGAAGGGCUCACUCAUUGGUACUCACAAAUCAAGGCGCGUAUUCACUGGGCAACAAUGCUUACGGCCAAUGUGGGCGGCGUGUGUUGCCUGAGGAACAGUACUCUGGGAGUCGUGUAGUACAUCACAUCCCUGACCUUGACAACCAGCCUAUCACUGCAAUCCACUGUGGCCAGGAUCACAGUUUGUUCCUGACCGCAGAUGGAGGAGUGUACAGUUGUGGAUGGGGAGCAGAUGGACAACUGGGACUAGGAGAGUUCAUCUCUCAGUGGAGACCCAGCAGAGUAGCCGGGGACAUCCUCAAUGAGAAAAUCACGAAAGUUGUUGGCACUGGCGAUUGUGUUCUUGCUCUGAAUGACAAAGGAGAAGUUUUUGGUUGGGGCAACAACGAGUACAGGCAGCUCACUGAGACCGCGGACAUGCAGCAGAUAUGUUCCCCGAUCCGGCUAGCCUGCACGCAAGGUCUGGGCAGAAUAGUGGACAUAGCUGCGGGAGGAAGCUUCUGUGCUGCAGUUAAUGAGGAUGGUGGAGUUUUUGUGUGGGGUUAUGGCCUGUUGGGGCUUGGUCCAAAUGUGGAAAAGUCAGCCAAACCUCUUGAAAUUCCUCGCACACUGUUUGGAGAGAACAUUUUCCAGCCCGACUCUAAAGUGACCGCACUGGGAAGUGGACUGUAUUACCUUGCAGCUGUCACCAAUCUGGGCCAGCUAUACAUGUGGGGCCACAACAAGGGUGGCUGCCUCGGCCUUGGUCAUGUCAAUGAUCAGUUUUUCCCUCUCAAGGUGAACAUAGGAGCACAUGUCAUCAAAGUGGCUGCUGGAGUAGAUCACACUGUGGCCCUCUGCAAGCCUUUCACAUGACUUCAUCAACAGCUACAUUAGUUAUAUAUAAUAAUUUUUAUUUUUAAGUAUUUCCUUUUGUAUAAUAAAUUAGUUUAAAUUAA